GCGCAACAACCACGCGUUCCCGAGACGCCCGGGCGCGCGCGGCUCGUCCCUGUCCCUGGUAUACACACCCAUCUUCGCUACCGUCUUUGCUUCCGUCGUCGCUGACGUUGGCUCCGGCGAGGCUGGACUCACCAACACAGCCACGCAACUCCCAACGCCUCCUGUCCUGCCUAUUAAAACCAGGCCGGUCUCUCACGCUCCACUUCGGAGAGAGCCAGACCGACAAGAGUCCUCCUCUAACUGCCUUCACAUCAGAAAGCAUUUGGAGAGGUAGAGAGAUCGAAUAACCAAGAGGCUUGGAUUGAUACGAUGGCCACGGGCGGCAAGCAGAGAGGGGAUGACGAGGAGGAGGCGCGCCGGGUGUCGCUGCUGAACGCCGACGUGAGGAAGGAGGACUGGCAGGUGGCGGCGGCCAGCGACGACAAGCCGCUCGGGCGGAGGGUAUGGGAGGAGUCGGGGAAGCUGUGGGUGAUCGUGGCCCCCGCCAUCUUCAGCCGCGUCGUCACCUACAGCAUGAACGUCAUCACGCAAGCCUUCGCGGGGCACCUCGGCGACCUCGAGCUCGCCGCCAUCUCCAUCGCCAACACCGUCGUCGUCGGCUUCAACUUCGGCCUAAUGCUGGGCAUGGCGAGCGCGCUGGAGACGCUGUGCGGGCAGGCGUUCGGCGCCAAGAAGUUCCACAUGAUGGGGGUGUACAUGCAGCGCUCCUGGAUCGUGCUCCUCCUGUGCGCGGUGCUCCUCCUGCCCAUGUACUUCUUCGCCGAGGACGUGCUCCUCCUGACGGGGCAGUCGCCGGCGCUGUCGGCGAUGGCCGGCCGGGUCUCGGUGUGGUUCAUCCCGCUCCACUUCUCCUUCGCCAUCCUCUUCCCGCUGCAGCGCUUCCUGCAGUGCCAGAUGAAGAACUUCGUAAACGCCGCCGCCUCCGCCGUCGCGCUCGCCGUCCACGUCCUCGUCAGCUGGCUCCUCGUCUCCAGGUUCCAGUUCGGCCUCGUCGGCAUUGCGCUCACGCUCAACUUCUCCUGGUGGGCCACCGCCACCAUGCUCUUCGCCUACGUCUCCUGCGGAGGGUGCCCGGAGACGUGGCACGGGUUCUCGGUCGAGGCGUUCGCCGGCAUGUGGGAGUUCCUCAAGCUCUCCUCCGCGUCGGGCGUCAUGCUCUGCUUGGAGAACUGGUACUACAGGAUCCUCAUCUUGCUGACCGGAAACCUCAAGAACGCGGCUAUUGCAGUCGAUGCGCUCUCCAUCUGCAUGACAAUUAACGGGUGGGAGAUGAUGAUUCCGCUGGCAUUCUUCGCAGGCACCGGAGUGCGUGUGGCGAACGAGCUUGGCGCCGGCAACGGCAAGGGCGCCAGGUUCGCGACCAUCGUGUCGUCGAUCACCUCGCUGGUGAUCGGGCUCUUCUUCUGGGUGCUCAUCAUGGGCCUCCACGACAAGUUCGCCAUCAUCUUCACCUCCAGCUCCGUGGUGCUGGACGCCGUCGACAACCUCUCCGUCCUUCUCGCCUUCACCAUCCUCCUCAACAGCAUACAGCCCGUCCUCUCAGGUGUUGCCGUUGGGUCCGGUUGGCAAUCCAUGGUGGCCUACGUCAACAUCGGCUGCUACUACCUCAUCGGCGUUCCCAUGGGAAUCCUGCUCGGAUGGCUCUUCAACCUUGGCGUGCUGGGAAUCUGGGCGGGCAUGAUUGGGGGAACCGCCGUCCAGACGCUCAUCCUGGCAAUCAUCACGGUCCGCUGCGACUGGGAAAAGGAGGCCAUGAUCGCGAGCACGCGCAUGGACAAACUGUCGCAAGUUCGGUGAUGAUGGCAGGAUCCGGUGUACAAAUAUCCACCCGUAAUUUUGCUCUUCUCUGACAUCGUACGUGUGUGUGUUGGCCUGUCACCAAUUUUUUGCCGAAUGGAAGAACAAGAAGCUAGAAGCAGCUAGUCAAGGGUAACCAUGUAACGGGAUGGAUUGUUGCUGAAUGAAGACAGAGGUUUGCUUGGCUCUGUUGGUUUUGCUUGCUUCACUGAGUUUUGUGAUUAAUCAUCAUCGUCUUCUGAUUAGGCGACAACAUUUCUCGUCUCAUCGUCUGUGGCUCUUUGCACUAGCACAAUGUGCAAGCAUGUCCCAUCCAAAAGGAAAUGUGUACAAGCAUGCUGAAUGGAUUAUUUUCCGUAAAGUGAAAAAAUUACAUCUAAAAUGUUUCUUUCC